AUGUAUCAAUUAAAUGCUUAUUCAUGUGGGUCUGGAAGUUCAGACCUUCUCUUUACAGGAGACAACCUAGAUUAUAAGGACUUCCAAAUUGCAAGGAUACCAUGAAACUUAAAAGUUAUUAAAUUAUCUGGAGUUGUUGGGAUAGGAAUUGACAAUGAAGAACGAGCUUGAUUUUGAUCAGAAGGACUAAAGAUAAUGCUUAAGCCAAAUGUGACUAAAAUUGCCUGUGGAUGGACACACGUUUUGUUUAUAAGUGAAGAAAAGGCUUAUUCAUAUGGUCAGGGAGCAUUUGGCCAGUUAGGUCUUGGCAAUGUAAAGAGAUGCGCUAAUCCUGAAAAUUUGCAAAUAAAUGGAUGCAUAAAUGUGGGCUGUGGAUUCAGAACGUCAUUCGUAAUAACUAGAGAAGGGACUUUUUGCUUUGGAGAAAAUAGAGGAUACCAGCUAGGACUGCCUAUUAAAUCAAAUAUAAAAGAGCCAACUUUAAACCCACUGAUAGAAAUACCUGGAAUAAUUGAAGGAGGGAAUAAGCAUACUGCUUCAUUAAACAAAGGCAGACUAUUUGUUUGAGGCCAAAAUAACUACGGGCAAUUGGGAAUUCUAGCAAUGGAGUCUCAAGUCCCAACUCAAGUCAAUUUUCAUAAAGAAAUUUCUCAAAUUGGCUGUGGAUGAUAUCACACAGCAUUUUCAACAGUUGACAAAGAAUUGUAUAUUACUGGAAGAGGAGACUUAGGUCAACAAGGUAAUGGAGAAACUUCCAAUAGCAAUGAAUUCAAGCUUAUCAUGAGUGACGUUGAUGGUUUCUCGUGUGGAAGUGAACACAAUCUAGCCAUUUCAAAUGGAAGGGUUUUCAGCUGGGGCUGAAAUGAGCACGGAAAUUUAGGUAUUGGGACACAAGAAAAUCAAGUCGUACCAUUGCAAGUUUCUAUUGAGAAUCCAAUACGGGUUAUAUGUGGAGGUGCAAUUAGUUACAUUAUUAGUUCUUAA